GUUUAGUAUGGCGAUACGUAAACGGUGUUUCAACAGACAUCUAAGUAUGUAUUUGUUAAAUUUACAUAUAUAAAGUAAUUCAUUAAUAAUCAAUCUCACCCUAUAUUGCACUAUGAGACUUUUUAUGUUGCAUAAUUUUCACGUCAUACGUACAAUACUUGUGUUUGACUAAGCUUGGAUGUUUCGCUACUUGAUUUGAUGUCUCCAACUCCUCCAUCCAAACGACAAAAAAUACUGACCUCUACAGAAAACAACAAUAACAAUUUUCAUACAAUUACCAACAACAACUUGUCAAACGGGAUGGAAGCUAACGGAGAAGUUCCUGAUUUGGACGAAAGUCUUUAUAGUCGGCAACUUUAUGUCUACGGGGCCGAAGGCAUGCGCCGAAUGGCGACAACAGACAUUCUAGUUAUUGGCCUGGAAGGACUUGGGCUCGAGGUCGCUAAGAAUAUCAUUCUGGCUGGAGUUAAAUCUGUAACGUUGUGUGAUGACACUCCAUUAUGUAUAGCUGACCUCACAUCUCACUACUUUGCGGACCUUAAUGACAUAGGCCAUCCGCGUGCUGAAAUUUGUAAGAAUAAAUUAAGCGAGUUGAAUAAUCAUGUAUCUGUCCGCGUGUUAAACAAACAUAAACUUGGUGCUGAAGACUUUAGAAAGUUUAGCGUAGUGGUGCUAAACCAGGGAUCUGAAGACCUAUGCGUGGAAUAUGGAGAUAUUUGUCGAAGUUUAGGUGUCAAAUUCGUCGUGGCUUCAACAUGCGGACUUUUUGGCAAAGUGUUUUGUGACUUUGGGACAGAUUUCGUAGUGUAUGACUCAACUGGUGAAGUUCCAUCUUCAGUCAUGAUUCAGCAAAUAGAAAAGAGCAAACAAGGACUUGUAACUUGUUUGGAGGAGACUCGUCAUGGGUUUCAGGACGGUGACUAUGUAACGUUUUCUGAAGUAAAAGGGAUGGUGGAGUUAAAUGGUUGUCAACCCCGAAGAAUCACAGUUGUUGGACCUGACGUAUUCUCCAUUGGUGACACGUCUAAUUUUAGUCCAUACAUAUCUGGUGGGAUGUGUACGCUUGUUAAAAUGCCUUUAAAAGUCAACUUUCUACCUUAUCAAACAGCCUAUUAUUCCCCAGUUUUCAUGACGACAGAUUUCGUUAAAACUGAGCGUCCCGCACAGAUCCAUCUCUUCUUUAAGGCCCUCAGUGAUUAUAAGAAUAGCAACGGAUUUCAUCCUAAACCUUGGUGCAAGACAGAUUCCCGUACUUUUGUGGACUUUGUCCAUAAAGUCAAUAAACAAAUGGAAAACACAAACGCUUCAGUCUCAUCAAUUGAUGAAAAACUAGCUAUGCUAUUUGGAUGCGUUUGUUCAGGUCAAUGUUCCCCCGUUUUGUCUCUUAUAGGCAGUUUCGCUGCUCAAGAAGUUAUGAAGGCUUGCAGCGGUAAGUUCACGCCUCUGCAACAGUGGAUGUAUUUCGAUGCAACUGAGUGCCUCUCAAUGAGUUCAGAUGAAGAUUUCGUUGUCUCAGAGAAUGAUGCAAAGCCAAUUGGAUCUCGUUAUGAUGGUCAGAUUGCCAUAUUCGGACGUGCGUUUCAGGAGAAGCUGAAAGGAUUGAAGUAUUUUAUUGUUGGUUCAGGUGCAAUUGGAUGCGAGCUGCUAAAAAACUUCUCGUUGAUGGGUGUUGGUGCAGGACCGUCUGGAAAAAUUGUUGUGACGGACAUGGAUCUCAUCGAAAGAUCAAAUCUAAACAGACAGUUCCUCUUUCGUCCAUGGGAUAUCCAUAAAAUGAAAUCAGUCGUGGCAUCAACCGCUGCUAAAAUGAUAAAUCCAGAGCUUAAUAUUGAAGCUCAUGAGAAUCGUGUUGGACCGGAGACAGAGAAAAUAUAUGACGACGAAUUCUUCGAAAAAUUGGAUGGAAUUGCUAAUGCGUUAGACAACGUUGAGGCCCGCACUUAUGUUGAUCGUCGUUGUGUUUAUUAUCGCAAACCUCUUUUAGAAUCUGGAACCCUGGGAACUAAGGGUAAUGUACAGGUUGUUAUCCCUUAUUUGACAGAAUCGUACUCAUCUUCACAAGACCCUCCAGAAAAAUCAUUCCCUGCCUGCACUCUAAAAAACUUCCCUUAUCUGAUUGAGCAUACCCUCCAAUGGGCACGCGAUCUGUUUGAAGGACUUUUCGUUCACCAGUCACAAGCAAUGAGUUCGUUUUUACAGGAUCCGCCUGGCUUUUUAGAACGAACAUUAUCAAAUCAAGGAAAUCAACCUUUGGAAACACUAGAAACUUUGAAAACAAAUUUAUUAGACAAAAGACCAAAUAGUUUCGAAGAUUGUGUUACUUGGGCUAGAUUACUCUGGCAGGAUUUGUUUUCAAACACAAUCGCACAACUUUUGUUCAAUUUCCCUCGCGACCAUGUCACUUCAACUGGUUCUGAUUUUUGGUCAGGAACCAAACGAUGCCCUCAUCCAUUGCAGUUUAAUGUACAAGAUACAACACAUUUGGAAUUUAUUUCGGCGGCUUCAAACCUUCGCGCUGAAUGCUAUGGUAUCCCUCAAUGUCGAAACCUGUCCAAGAUUUCCGAAAUUGUUCAAAGUGUAGUUGUUCCUCCGUUUGUUCCUCGAUCAGGCGUACGGAUUGAUGUAACCGAGGCAGAGGCUCAAGCAAGGUCAGCUGCACCUAUGACUGAUACAUCUCGACUUGAAAAACUUCAGAAAGCUUUACGUAGUUUCAGCAACACUUCAAGAAUACAUAUCAACGUGAUUGAAUUUGAGAAAGAUGAUGAUACGAAUUUUCAUAUGGACUUCAUCACCACAGCAAGCAAUUUAAGGGCUGAGAACUAUGAAAUCCCUCCAGCUGACCGACUAAAAAGUAAAUUAAUUGCUGGUAAAAUUAUCCCUGCAAUUGCAACAACAACUAGUUUGGUGGCUGGGCUGGUAUGCCUAGAACUGUUUAAGGUUUGUAAUUAUAUUUCACCAUAAUUGUACUUUUCUGUAUUUAAGUGAUUUAAUUUUGUUUCUCUAUGGCCAGUGUUAUCGACAGAUGGUGAUAAGUUGUAUAUUGUCAAGUGAUUUGCUAAAAGCUGUCUUGUCCAUUUAUCUAAUGAUAUUCUAUGUAAUUGUUGUCUUUUAGUUGCAGAAACAUUUUUCUUUACGGGAUAAUAUGAAACAAAGUAGCUAACAAUCUGAGUUACUCGUUAGUUAUCGACAUACUGUAACAAUAUUUUCAUGUCUGGGUUUUUGCACGUAAGAGUCGUUUCCAUACACUAUGUUAUGAAAUCUUUACUAGUUGUAACUGUUUGUUCACUUCGUUUUUCAUGUUACUUUUAGCUUGUCCAAGGACACAAAAAGCUCGAACUGUUCAAAAAUGCUUACGUCGAUUUAGCGUUGCCCUUUACUUCAUUUUAUGAACCCGUAGCACCUAUCAAGUCAAAAUACUACGAUACAGAAUUUUCUUUAUGGGAUCGGUUCGAACUUUCAGGUCCUAUGACCUUGCAAGGUUUAAUUGAUUACUUCAAAGAUAAUUUAAAGUUAAAUGUAACAAUGCUAUCGCAAGAUGUUUCUAUGCUCUAUGCAUUCUUCAUGCCAGAAGCAAAGCGUAAGGAACGUCUAGUUAUGUCGUAAGUUCAUUUCAUAGUUUUGUUUCAUAUUUUACGGAUAUUUUAGAUAACCGCAUAGUAUUUAGGUGACAGUUGACCAACGAUGUAUAUCUUUUUUGAACUAAAUAGUUCGAAAGCACUUUUUGAGCAGAGAUGAAUGGUGAUGGUGGACGGCAACAGAAUAGAACUGCUGGCCAUCAUCUAGGCAGAUACCCCCAAAAACGUCGGUUAAUUGCAGUCGAAAACGUCAAUGGGAAAAUCCAAAUAACCAAUAUAUGUAAAUUAAAUGGUUCAAAUUUAUGAGAUUAAUUUGCCACCAAAUUCAAUAUCAGAUCAAUCACUUGUAGAUUAGUUGGUGACAGAACAAUUUUUGAUGUGGUGGAUGUGUUGUUUUCGUUCCAUGUGUUUCUCAGAGUAUGGAGUACCAAUGUUGUUUAUUAGAUACUACUUAGUUGUCGAAAACAAGAAUUUAGAUUUGAGCUGACAUAGAUGACCUCAGUAGAGUUUCGUCCUCUAAUCUGGAUGGUUUAGUUCUGGAGCUUUUGUUGUCCUUCUGGAUAACAUCAUCAAAUAAUUCCGAUAGAAGCAAAGUACUCGAAUUUCUUCACAUUUAAUCAACGUCACUAAAAACAUUAAUUUAAAUUUUCUUUGGCAUGAAAUUAUUGCACUGAAAUUUCAACAGUUUGCUAGUUAGCAAAAUGGUUUUAGAAAAUGUAUGUAUUAAAUAUGUGUUGUGUGUUAAUUCUUGGCCACAGUUACCAUGUGUAAAUGAAGUGUCAAGUCCGGAUAUAUCUGAGCUGGAUUGAUACUUUUGAAUGACAGUGUAAUAGUUAAGGAGUAAAGUAUGGUAGUUCAGAAAUACAUCGUAUUUUCGUCAUACUCUUAUAUUAAAAAAAGGUUUGUUUAUUCGUCAGUCAGUCAUGAUCAGCGCAGAACCUGGUAUAUUUGUACAUCGGUUCAAGUUGCCAUGCACUAUUAGCACAACAAGACAAAAUCGUUAGAACAAACCCUAGACUAGUAGAAAUAUUAACCGUAAUAAUGGUAGUUUAAAGGAUUAGUUAUAGAAGUUACAAUUCAGGAAAUAAUUAUGGAUUAGUGGGGUAAUUUUAAAAGGUAAUUUAAAAACUUAGGAACUAAGUCAAGACAAGGAGUAAAUGUAUUUGCGUCAUUGGAAACGAUUUCGAGCACUGUCACUUAAAAGCCAACCAUUGAUUACGAUGAUCAAGCCUACCCCAACCAAGUAGUCUACAUUUACCUAUAUUAGCCAGUCGAACAGCCAAUAUUUUCAUGAACUGAUACCCAAGUCUUAAUUCGAACUCCGCUAGCUUCUAGACUACCACACCAUCCAUUAUCGCUCAUCAAGGUAGUUGGUGGAUGAUAAUACGGAAAACAUGUUCUCACCAUUUAAGUAGAUGUAUAUUUGCUAUAUUAUCUAUCUAUUAACGAUCCUUACCUUGUACUAUGGGUAUAACCUCAGAAUUUCUAUCUCAUUGACUUCAAAAUAUGCGAAUGAUUGUUCGAAGACACCUUUAGUUGAAUGCUAUUAACCUAUAAAUAUCCUUUUUAAGAACCACGUUUACAGCCAUUAAAUACAUUAAAGAAAUUUAGUUUUUAGUUCAAUUGUUGUUCUUGUCUACCAAGGACAAUCAUUUCGAACCAGCUGACAUUUCGUGAAUAUAUUCUCUCUGUAUAUUUUCAUAUGUUUCACACAUAGUAUUUUCUUUUUCUGUUCACUCAAAACCUGUUUGAAUAAUACGUAUAAUACUAUGGAGACUUUGAUCGAUGUAUAUGUGUGCCCAGUCCUACGUCGUAGCCGACUGACUGACUGACGGAUACGUGUAAUAUGAAAGCACUGGUUAGGGGGCUAACUUGUCUAAAGUUAGAUGUUUCGAAUCAUUUUUGUAUAUUAAACAUGAACCAUGUCUAUCAUUUCUUUGAAUGUUUUCAUUUCAAAUUAAUAUCAUUACAUCGCAAAUCUUGGAGUAACAUACAAGGAGCCCAUGCCGCUAGUUUAUGGGGUGAUUACUGAAUUCUCUUUCAUUACUACUUUAAUGCUAAGUGAUUAAAAAAAUAUCAAAGUUCCGUAGAAUGAUUAUUCAGUUUUUUAUUGCUUAAAUGUGUAUUUUUUCAGAUUAAAAGAUCUGGUGGAAGUAGUCAACAAACGCAAAAUACCUCCCCAUGUCAAAGUACUGGUAUUUGACGUCUGUUGCAGUGAUGAGAAUGAUAAAGAUGUUGAUGUGCCAUAUAUCCGCUAUGUACUGGAACCAGCCAAAUAAAAUUCGUUUAUUCAUGUCUUUCUCAAAUAACACAGGUUUCAAAUUGAUGAUUAGUCCUUUACGAAACCAAACUAUUUUUCACCCAUUUUAAUUUAUGGAGUAUUCCAGACAAUAUAUGCUUUCCCUAUUAUUUGUGUACUAGCUGUGUAUGAAUUAACACGCAAAUAAAAUGAAUAAUCAAUUAAUUUUUAUGUAUUCUGAGAAUACAGAAAGCUAUGGACAUAAUCUUUUUACUCAAUUUUACCGUAUAACAAUUUGUAUAAUCUAAGUUGAUAUUUAUGUCGAGCAUCUGUUUUUUCUCUGCAAUCAACUCAUUUUUCGUAUAGAAAGCUUUAAAAUAUAUGUUUACUUUCGGGUGAUUUAACUUGAUGGAUUAUUUUCUUUAUCAGUUUUCUUUAUUCAAUGUUCUAAUUUCGGAGUGUUGGUUAUCAGCAAUAUUUACAAAUACAUGGUUUACGUUACUAGCAAUUUGAGUUGUAAACAUCAUAUUUCCU